AUGGGUAUUAAGUUGUCAAUUUAUUUUUAUUUUUAUGCAGACCUCUUGUACAAGGAUUAUAACUUCGACCACAAGUUUAGCCUGUCCAUUCCUAGCUCCAGUGGAUUGGGCCUUACUGCUACAGGGUUGAAGAAGGAUCAAUUUUUCUCGGGUGACAUAAAUACACUUUACAAGAGUGGAAAUGUUAUAGUGGAUGUGAAAGUUGAUACAUACUCUAAUGUAUCUACAAAAGUGACUUUGAACGAUGUUUUCCGUUGUAAAAAAGUAGCUUUGAGCUUCAAUAUACCUGAUCACAAGUCAGGAAAGGUGAGUGAUCUAGCUCUCCCAAUUUACGAUAGUGUUGAUGCAUGUUUCAUUUCAUAAGACUCAGUUUAAAAA